CUCUCUCUUACUUGUUGUAUGAUUUUGUGAUUUGAACUGGUGAUAUUGAACGGACGGUUGGUGUUUUAUUCUGCUGCUUUGCUGGACUUGGAGCCUUUUGUCUUAUCUUGGUUUCACUAUCACUAUCUAUCUGUCUAUCAAUCAACGCUAUAGCAGCAGCAGCAGCAACGACAACAUGUCAUCCUCCAUCGCGAUACCAAAGCGCAAGGGCAAAGGCCCUGCCCACGACCAUCGAAACUCGUCGUCUUCGUCGUCAUUCGCGGCUUCCACAGGGCCCUCAACGCCUAACAACUACAAUUACAACUUCACACCUUCGCCGAACCGCUUCUCGUACGGUAGCGGGGGUAGCCCGCGUAGCUAUGGUUCUUCCACGCCUUCGUCGUCGUCAUCAUUGCCAUCGGGCUCUUCUCCACAGACCAGUGCAAGUAGCAUGCGUCGCAGAGAGUCUCUGAUGAGCGAGACGUUUUCCCGGCAAGAACAUACCGUUGUCAAUGUUGGUGGGGAUGAGGAGGGUGAAGGGGGAUUGAGGCUGAUUACUUGUGUCAAGGCUAGUCAAGGGUUUGAUUGGAAUCAGGAGAUGUUCCUCCCUUCGUACAUCGAUUACCACUUCGACGACCUCGAACGCCGACAGGAUCCGGUGCAGGAUAUUAUUCUGACAGAUGAGGAGGUCAGGAAUAUGUUUCCUUCUGAUACUCGGCUAUAGAUGUGUACAGGCACGGAUGCAUGGGGAGGCUGAGGUUGGACAAUGGAUGUGCAUAUGCUUUGGCAUUUCAACGGAUGAUGCGACACUGGAUUCAUGUUUAUAUGGGUUGGGAUAGGCGUUUUGGUACAUGGUCAUGGGCGUUUGGUUUGGAUGGGUGCAUGCUGGAGACUGGAUUGGAUGGGAUCAGGUGUUCGGGAGGUGUCUAUAUGCUGCUCAAGAAGCUUUUGCGCUCUUUUUAUCUCUGUAACCCUGAUGGAACAAUACAUAAGCUACAUAGCUAUUAUCGCACAUCAGGCCAUGUAUCCAACGGUGCAAGACUGUU